AUGAGUUUGAUGAAUUGCAAAGGACAUGCGUUUAAUAAGAUUCUUAAAGAUGUGAUAUUACGGAUAAAUAUUAUGAAUGGACAACGUGUGUUAUAUACUCCUGGAUGGGAUUGUCAUGGGUUGCCCAUUGAGACUAAAAUUAUAGAGAAACAUGAUUGGGAGAGAUCAUAUGAAUUUCCAGAGAAAACGCGCCAAGAAGCAAGAAAAUAUGUUUCAGAAAUAAUAAAAUGCCAAAAAAAGGGAUUUAAAGAUCUUGGGGUUAUAGGGGAUUGGGAUAAAAGCUAUCAAACAAUGGAUUUAUCGUAUUCUAUUUUUCAACUUGAAGUUUUUAAAAAUAUGGUGGAAAAAGGUUUAAUUUAUAGAAGUUGUAAACCAGUGUAUUGGAGUCCUUCUUCAAAAACAGCUUUGGCAGAAUCAGAAUUGGUGUACAAAGAUAACUAUAUAAGCAGUGCAGUUUAUGCUAAAUUUCCUUUAGUUGAUUUAGGUAACUUAUCUACAAUGAUAAAUGCAAAAAAUUACAAGCAAAUAUAUGCUUUAAUUUGGACAACAACCCCAUGGACGUUGCCUGCUAAUAGGGCUAUAUUUAUUCAUGAAGACAUGGAAUAUGUUAUCGUUGAUACAGCGCAACAUGGAAGUCUGAUUGUUGCACAUAAUCGAAUUGAUCAUUUACCAAAGUCUUUAAAUAUAUCUCAAAUAUCUUUAAAUUUUUUCGGAAAAAUGUUAUUAAAAACAACAUAUUAUAAUCCUCUUGAUAAAAAUGAUCAAAUCUUGCCAUUUUAUCAUGCAGCAUAUGUUACUUCGGAAUCAGGGACAGGAUUGGUUCACGCUGCACCUGGGCAUGGUAUAGACGAUUAUAAAGUUUGUAUGCAGCAUAACAUUGAUAUUUUUUCACCUGUUGAUGAUUACGGUUGUUUUACAAAAGACGUACUUAAUGGAGAAUUAGAAUCAUUAUUUGUGCUAGGAGAAGGGAACAAAAAAGUGAUUGAGUUACUUAAUACUCGUGAAAUGCUUGUUCAUUCUGAAAAUUAUGUUCAUAGAUAUCCAUGUGAUUGGAGGACAAAAGAGCCUGUUAUUCUAAGGGCAACUGCUCAAUGGUUUAUAGAUCUUGAAAGAAUUAAGUAUCAUUGUAUUAAAGCUCUCCAAAAUGUUAAGAUGAUUCCAGAAUCCGGAAGAGCUCGUCUUGUUUCUUUUAUUCAAUCAAGGUCAGAAUGGUGCAUAUCUCGGCAAAGAGCGUGGGGUGUUCCUAUUCCUGUAUUAUAUAAUUUAGAAACUGGUGAACCGUUAUUAAUAGUGGAAAAUAUACAACAUAUUAUAGGAACAAUUAAGAAAUAUGGUAUGGAUGCUUGGUGGGAAAAUUCUGAUUCAGAUAUCUGGAUUGCUCCAAAAUAUAGAAAAAGUGAUGUAAAAUACAAAAAGGGAAGGGAAACUAUGGAUGUUUGGUUUGAUAGUGGAGUAUCGUGGAAUGUUAUUUCUAAUGAAAGUCAUGGUAUUUUGAUGAGCAAUAAUCCGCCUAUAGAUCUUGUUAUCGAAGGAUCUGAUCAACAUAGGGGAUGGUUUCAGUCUCUUUUGUUUACAUUUAUUUCAUUUCAACAUAAUUCAAAUAUUGCACCAUAUAAAAUUGUUUUAACACAUGGACAUAUUCUUGAUAAAUAUAAUCAAAAGAUGUCAAAAUCUAUUGGAAAUGUUAUGAACCCUAAAGAUAUUAUUUUUGGUGGGAAGGAUAUUGAAAAAGAUCCAGCUUAUGGUAUUGAUGUUUUAAGAUUAUGGGUUACAGGAAGCGAUUUUACAAAUGAUAUUAAUAUUAGUUCUACGGUUUUAAAAAAUGUAGCUGAAAUGCAAAGAAAAAUUCGUGCGACUUUGAGAUUUCUUUUAGGAAAUCUUUAUGAUUGGUCUGGUAAUGAAUUAGAAUAUAAGGAUUUGAAAAAGAUUGAUCAAUAUGCAUUGCUUCAACUCUAUGAAUUUAAUUUUAAAGUUAGAGAAUUAUAUGAUAAAUUUUUAUUUGUUCAAGUUGUUCAUACUAUAGCCAAUUAUACAAACAAUCAACUUUCAUCUUUUUAUUUCAGUAUAAUAAAAGAUAGACUUUAUGCUGAUCAUCGUACAAGUAAAAGUAGGAUUGGUUCUCAGACUGUUCUUUUUCAUAUUUUUCUAAAUUAUGUAUCUAUAAUUUCACCUAUAAUACCAUUACUUGCUUUAGAAGCAUGGAAAUUUGCCGGGAAAAAUGUUGUUGGAGAAGUAGAAACACCUUUUCAUUCUGGAUGGUAUAAAUGCAGAAAAGAAUGGUUGAAUUUAGAGUUGCAAAAAGAUUUUCAAAACAUAGAAAUAAUUAGGUCUGCAUGUAAUCUUGUUUUAGAAAAAGCUAGAAAAAAUAAACAUAUGAAAAGUUCUUUGGAAUCUAUAAUAAUCAUAAAAGUGCCUUUAAAUACAGAGGCAUUCCAUUUUUUUGAAAAAAUAGAACAUGAAUUACCUGAACUGCUUAUUGUAUCCGAUGUUUCAAUAAUUCCCAUGGAUUCGAAUUUUUCAAAUCAAAAAUGGAGUGAUUAUGAAAAAAUAAAACUUUUUGGAAGUAUUUGUCAUAUAACAGCCCAGCCUUCAGAAAAAAAAAAAUGUUUACGUUGUUGGAUGUAUACAGCAAACAUAGAUUUUGAUUUGUGCCCUAGAUGUAUAGAAGUAACUUCGAACAAUUAA